CUCGACGACGACGACGACGACGACGACCAAAUCCGUCCCAGCGAAUAAAUUAUCAACUUAGCAGAGAGCCACAUAGAUAGCUAAAUGUCGUAAGGAAGGUUUAAAAUUUUGGAAUUCAUGAGGACGAGGGGUUUGUUGUUCAUGGGACCAAUUUUUGGCACUUGAGCCUAAAGUAGUGCGAAUUCAAAGUGCAGAACUUGGCAUGCAUGAGAUAUUUGGAGGUGGUGGUUUGGUUUGGGCAGAAUUAUUAUCAUCCUCGGGCUGCUAGAGGAGUGGAAGAAGAAGAAUUUAAGUGUUGUUUAACUUUGUAAAAGGCAAUGGCAUAAGGUUUUCUGUGUGUUAUUUAGCAAAAUAAAAAAGUAUGGUUGGUUGCUUGCUGCUCUGCUCUGCUCGUGGUGGUUGGUGGUGAAAUAAGUACAAUAAAAGGUAAAAUAGUGUAGCGUUGAGGCUGAGGGGGUUGAGGCUGAGGCUUCAACUUUUCGACCAGUUUUACUUACCUGCAUCAUGUACUUAGUUAACUUAACUAACUAAAGAGCCAAUAUUGUUAUUGCGGCAUGGGAGAAGAAGAAGUUAAGGAGAGAGAGAGAUACACACAAUAAAAGUGGAUUGGAUUGUAUUAAGUAUUAUUAAGUAGGCCGUAUAACGUUACCUUUCAAACUGUGAGUUAACUUGGUUUCGUUACAUUUUAUGUAAUAAUAAAAAAUAGGGAGGCAGUGAUGAUAUUAAGUUGAUCAUAAUUCGAAAUUUUUCUUGGACGACGUCGUUCUCCUCUUUGUUUGUGCUGGUUGUUAUCGUUUUAUUGCUAUUAAGUAGUUAAAAGUCAAGUAUUGGUGGCGUUAUCGAGGUGUGUCUUCUUAUCUGUCUCGAAGGGUAAGAAGACGACGACGAGACGAAACUUGCACAACGAAAACAAUAACAAAAGACAGUUAGUUAGUCAUCAGUCAUUGCAAUACGUGUGUACGUACGUUAUUAGAGGUUAAAUGCUGUGAUUAAUAAUUAUUUAUUCUAUGUAGUGCGUUAAGUUAAUAUUGAUUGUCCAGAGGGACGUUUUUGCCUCAAGAGUUCCAUUCACCUUGCUGGAUUCUUGUUAUUACUCAUCCGUCCAGUCGUCCGUUCAGUGACUACUGAAGCCAAAUUACGUAAUAUUGGCAGUUAUUAAGACAAGAACUAAUAACACCUUCUGGUAAAAAGAAGAAGAAGAAUUUUACGAUCGUGCUGUGGUGGUGGUGGUAGAAGAGUGCUGAUGACAGCAAAGUAUUGGUCAUUGCUGCCAAGUUUUUCGGCCUGACUGGUGCCAUCAGGGUGACGUUACCUUUAGUAAAAACAGGUGUACUUUUUCCGUGAGGGACCAAAGUAAUCAAAAUAUUUCAAAAUAUUUUGCUCAAAAGUAAAAAGAAACAAACAAAGUUUAAUAACGACCGUUGCCGUCCUUCAACAACAAUAAACCAUUUUUUGUGCGUAAUAAAAUAAACCGGAAGAAAAUAUUGAACUGACUUGACGGUUGAUAUAUUUUUGCAAGCUGUCAUUUCCUCCUGAGAAGAACUCUGCUGGAGUGUGGAAAAAAAUAUGCUUAUAAAUACAAUCGAAAGUUAAUCCGUCCAUUUUGUGGUUCAACUCUUGAUUUUAUUUUAUCGUCUUCGCCCCCAUGAUAUGACCACCACUGUUGGGAUCAACACCAAUAAUCUCGAGAAGUGAAGAGGAUGCUGGCUGGUCAGCAGCGCCUGGAGUCUUCGCUAAAGUCGCAAACUCUGCCCCGCCUGGAUGGCCAAGACGAGGAGGGUGACGUUCUCGAGAGCCAGUUUGAAUUACUGUCCAUCGCCAACUCUUGUCCAGACUUGACCCUCCUCGAAAUCGAUCCCCUCCUCCAGCAUGAAAUUCCAAACAACAACAACUCGUCACAUCCCUCGUCGGGUAUCGAUGUGGUCGACGGGAUUAAAAGCGUAGUGCCGGGUGGCGUUGGUACUACGGGCAGUUUUAGGAGGAGCACAAGCUUGAGCAGCCUGGGAGUCGAAUGUGUGGACGGAAAUCAUCACGAAAAAUGUAAUGGAUGUCCCUCUAAAUGUCCCCUCGUUCAAUCUUGUUGCGUUGCUGGUCGUGCCGGCGUCGGGCGCGCCUCCCAGGUCAUAGGUCAUUUGGAAAAGACUUUAAAAAAAGAGGCUGUCACGUCUGGUCUGAUCUCCAACGACUUUAUCCGCACCGCUCUACGGGCCUCGCACGGCGGAAGUAGUGGGUCUGGUUAUCUACACAAAUCAAUCUCCACUCCUUCCGUGACACAGUAUUUCAUCUCUACCGUGGGAGGAGUCGGACCACAGCACGAACUCUACCAAAAAUCCCAACACCGCGUCCAAUCUGACGCACAUCAACACAGUUCAAAACGCAGCUUUUUUCGGAGGAAGCACAAAUCCAAGUCAAACCUGGUCCCAUCCGGACCCCGCUUCGCGAAUAAGAUGGAUGGCGUUGGUAUGAUAACGACGUCCUCGUCGCUCUCCUCCAUCAACGGGUCUAACCCGUCACAGUCGCUCGCCUUCGCCGCCUUGUUCGACCCUUCGUUAGGACUGCAGGAUUCCGACGCCGAGUGCUGGGCGCUUUCCAUGAGUCCUGAAGUCGUCUCGCGGCUGGAGGACAAGGAGGUCAAGAGACAGGAGCACAUGUACGAGCUCAUUCUCACAGAAAAGCACCACUGCUUAACGCUCGCCCUCAUGCAACACUUGUUCGUUGGAGAUAUGAAGAAAUAUGGCUUCGCGAGAGAUGCCCGACUUCUGUUUCCAGAGCUGAACAAGCUUCUCGAGGUUCACUUUUCAUUCCUGAGACGGAUGCGUGAACGACAGCUAAAAUUUAGAGAAUUGGGACAACCAAUGGACUCCCUCACGGAUAUUUUGAUCGACCAGUUCACGACGGAGCAGUACCACUUGAUGAUCCGUCUGUACGGCUUGCUCUGCGCGUCCCAUACCAAAUCUCUUGAUAUAUUCAAGAGCCUGAUUAAAGAUACAAAGUUUGCUAGUCUUGUGGCCUCGUGGGAUAAGGAGAGUCUUCUGGGAAGGAAAAACGUACGAGAAUGUCUCCUUCUCGUGGCGCAGCGCAUAACGAAAUACCCUCUCUUGAUCGAGCCCAUUUUAAAAACGAGUCUAAACGCGACUCCACAAGAGAGGGACCAGAUACAAAAGGCGCUUGGCUUCUCUCGCGACCUCAUUUCCAAAGUUGACCAGAGGGUAGCGCAGAGACAGCGGCUGCUCGAAGUUUGUAACCGAAUCGACCCCAAGUCUUUCACAAUGGUGGGACAGAGGCGGCGCGGAAGAGACGACAUCGUUUCCCUUCCAUCGCGAAGGCUCCUAUUUCAAGGACAGGCGAUCGUAAAUUGCAACAGGAACUCAAAUCCUGGUGGAGGAGCGCCGGCGAAUAGGAAUAUUCCAUGCACCGUAUUCAUUCUAACUGACUCGCUCAUUUUUACACAAGAAAUUAGUUUAAAGUUUCACUUUGUUUCACCGCCGGGGAUCGUUAUGCUGAAUAACUUAAUCGUGCGAGAAAAUGCGGGCCAAACUUCGUCCUUGUUUUUAGUUCUUGGGACAGGAACAUCUAAACCGGAAAUGAUUGAUUUACAAAUUAUUCAUCCGCCAAAUAGGGAGAAAUGGCUGGAGGAAAUUCGAAGCGCAAUUUCUAAGUGUGUCGAAGAAACCGAGACAGGGUCCGAUGGCGAUGAGGAAAUUGAUUCGACAGACUUGUCCGACGUUAAAACGACGAAGGCUCUCGAAGAGCUUCAAGAGCAGGACAGACAACUUCUCACCUCUCUCCGUUCCAGGGCCAGGCUUAUUGAGAGUCUUCACGUGGAAAAACCGUACCACUGGGUGCCAAGUAACUUUGAAGGAAAAGAUGAUCUACUAAAUUCUCUGUCUUCAACUUGUUCGGAGGUACAGCGGGUCAUGAACAUUUGGGAGGCGAACGCCAACAGCAGCGUGAACCGGAGUGCAAGUUGCGUUGGGGAGCACGGGAUGCACGGUGCUCUACUCGGCCUUCCAAAACGUGCCGAUACCUUUGGUGGCUUCGACAGCCAGCAAAGGUCUGCCUUCGAUUUGGCACAAUGUACAAAUAACAAGCUGUUGAUGGAGAUGGUUAUCCACCUUUCUCAACUCUGUGGGGAAAUGUUUAGCCAAAUGAUUCCUCAACUCAUGCCGAGCGUAUACCAGACCCACCACCAGUUGCAGAGGAGGAUGGAAGAUUUGCGAGAAGCCCAGCAGCGACUGGAGACCGAAAAAGCGCUCUUCCACCAAGACUUGGCGUCUCAGAAGGAGGCCCUCGAUCGAGAAAAGGCUGAAUUGACGCAUUUAAAACAAACAUUGCAAAAGGAGCAGGAGGACAUUACACAACAAAGAGAGCAGCUUUACAGGAAACUUGAGGCCCAACAAAAACAGAUGCGACUUCCACACGAACCAAUUUCCCCUCUGACAGGGACUUCCUCCUCCUCGUCUACCUCAUCUGGCGAUAAAGUCAACACAAAUCCGCCUCAAAUUAUUCGACGUCCACUCCCAACGGCACCAAAUUCCUCCUCAUCUGCUUCCUCUAAGCCAUCAAAUAACAAUCUCCCAGCGCAGAACGGUGUUAAAAAGCAGCAACUUCCCCUCUUUCUAGCGUCCAAUUCAUCCUUCAAAGUUGGCAAAAGCAGCUCUUGUUCGGAUAAUGUGCCCCAACGAAAUGCAAGUGUUGGCUCAUUCCGAGGAGGAAGUGUUGUCUCCCCACCGACCAGCGGUUCUGCGACAAACCAGUCAUCACCCCUCGACCCUUCCCGUCUACCAGGAAAGGCAGCUUCUUCUAGUUCUAGGAAUUCGUCACAGUCUCAACAACAACAACAACAAGUUCAGCAACUCCUCCCACUCCGCCUUAGUGAGGGCAGCGGGGGCGGUGGCAACAAUAAGACGUCCAGUCUUCCCCGUGGCGUCGGAAGUCGCUCAGUAUCCAGCAUGUUAAACCAAAUGGAUGCUAAUCAACAACAACAACAACAACAAGGGUCAAAUGCAAACCAACAUCAUCUCAGAAGUAGUGCAAGCACGACGACAUUUUCAUACAAUAACCACCCAGGAGGAGACAGCAAUUUGAACCAGAGGGUGGGGAUGCAGUCUAACUCGUCCUUCCUGUACGGUCCUGUUUCACAAAGUGGGGUGAGAUAUGCCUACACGGAUGGCGGUGGUGGUGGCGGAAGCGCCCCAAAUAAUACCAGUCCACCCAGAAAUGGACACAUCAACGAAAAUAAUGACGGACUUUCCUCCGUAAUUCACCGCCGCGCUGGCAGUUCUCCAGUCCCAAUGUCAAGCGUGCAACAACAGUUUCCACAACAGCAGCAAGCUAGACGACCUCCGGGUCAGGAAACGCAGUAUCAUCAACACCAACACCCCUUCUUCCGACAGAGAGAGGAUGACGGGGAAAAAAUUUUGUUCUUGUAGAGGAAAUUUUACACCACGAGGAGUGAAUAGUUUUUAAAAUGACAAAUUAUUUCUGCUAAGAAAAAAAGAAGAAGGCUUCAGACGAAUUAUUCACAACGAAUUUAACAAUGUGUUGGUGAUGUCAGUCAGUUGAAUUAGUUUUGAUGGAGUGACAGUUAUGUUAAAUUAAGUAAUAAUUUGGUUAGUUCGACUCCGCUAAUCGCGAGGAAAUAUAAGACAACGAAUUUAUCCCAUUUUUAUCCUAAACACGUACCUAAUUUUUAGCAGUGGUGAUGCGCACAAAGUAUUUAAAGACAUUCCGUGUUUUUUAUCCAUCCAUCCAUAUCAUUCCAAAAUAUGCAAAAACUUGCCUUUUUUAUCCGUAAAGUGUCCUUGCCAAUUUUUAUGAUAUUUAAAAAUAAAAAUUAAAAGAUUUGUAUAAAAUAAUUCCAAAGUAUUUCAAGCUACGAUAAAUUAAGACACGAUAAUAAUUAAAUGACUCCAUGCUUAUCUUUAUCUAAAAUUUUAUGUCAACCACGUUUAUUCAAUUGGUACACACUUUUCAUGCUACGGGUGGUGCUCAGUAUAAAAAAAUGAUGGACAUUGAAAAUCAGGAAGAAUUUAGAUAUCCAAUUUCCCUUUUACAAUAAGAACAACGUUAUCAUGUACCUGCCGUUGAAGUUGAAGAGUUGACCAUGUAUUUACUUUCGUACUAACAAGGAAGUAAGCAGUUCUUCGUAUGUGUAUGUAGAAAGACCAUUUUUACCAGACCACAAAUUAAUUAACGAUGAUAAAUAUCCCUCACGCUGUAAAGUUAACCUUAAACCGAGUGAUAAUUGUACAUAAUAAUCUUAACUUCUAAGUUAUUGGUAUUUGUUGUUGUUACAAGAAUGAAUGAAUGGAUGUCAAUAUCAUGCCACAUGCAUAAGUUAAGUUUAGAUACUUAAAUAUAAAUAGCCGACUCGCAACUAAUCCACUACUUGACAUCGAAACUACAUUUUAGUCAUUUUUUAUGUUAAUGAUGAUGAUUAAUCACAAAAGAGGUGAAUAAAUAAAGGAGACAAGUAUAAUUCAA